AUGCAUUCUCCUCAGCAUCUUCAUUUGGCAGUUGUUCGUCGUAUAAUUCGCUCAUUGAAAGGAACCUCUCAUCGUGGUCUAUUUCCCCCCACCGAAAUAGCUCCCAAAUUGAGUGCUUAUAGUGGUGCCGGUUGGGUAGGGUGUCCAGACACUCGUCGAUCUGUCACUGAUUGGUGCAUAUUUCUUGGUUCUUUAUUGAUCUUAUGGAAAAAUAAGAAGCAAUCAAGAAUCUCUAAAUCCUCAACUGAAUCCGAGUAUCGUGCCAUGUCUGCGGCUUGCUCGGAAAUUAUUUGGCUAUGUGGUCUUUUGGCUGAACUUGAUUUUUCUCAAAUAGAGCCUACAUCACUUUAUGCUGACAAUACAAGUGCCAUCUAG